AUGGGUAGCACCGCCAUCCUCCCUACCAUUGAGCUCGGGCCCCUGGACCAGAUCGCCCCGCGCAUUUAUGUGCGAUCGAUCUUCGUCUUCGACCAGGGUGAGAAGUACAGCACAGCUGAGACAAUCGCUCACCUCAAGCUUCGCUUCGAGACCGCUCUUGCCCGCUGGCCUUUCUUGUCAGGCCGCAUUGGCCCAGCUAGCAAUAGUCGCCGACCCAAUGAGCUGGAGCUCACCUACGACCUCAAUGCUCCCCAGAUCAACCUCGACCAGCGACCAGACAUCUUCGCAUAUAGCUCGGUUGACCAUCUUGGAGGUCUCGACUACCAAGAUCUGAAGAAGCGUGGCAUGCCCCCUUCGUUCAUGGACAAAGACAUCCUGUCUCUCACCCCUAACCACCCGAAGCCAGGUGAAUCCUGCCCUCCUGUGACAAUCAAGAUCACAGAAGUUCUUGGAGGCGGCCUCUUCGUCUGCUUCUCGACUCACCAUGCCAUCUUUGACGGCGGCCUCAUCAAGGCGUUCCUUGAGUACUUCGGCCAAGGAAACGACGAAGACCCUUUCAGCGUCUUUGUAGACGAGCAUAACGACCGCCCGAGCAUGGUCCCUUACACAAUCACCGAUAUCUCAAAGGCAACAUUCGAAGAGUACGACUUCACCCCCAACGACACUAUCACCAACACCAAGGCCAUCUCAGAGAAGCCUCCCAAAGCAGUCUGUGUGCUGUUCAGCAUUCCAAACAAGACCCUCUCCGACCUCCAUAACAAAGCCCUCACCCACGUUCGUGGAAAGCACGGUGACAAAGCCUUUGUCUCCAAGGCAGACACCCUCUCCGCCAUGAUUUGGGUCCACGUCACCAGAUCCCGCUUCACCCACCUCUCCCAGCAGGACCAGACCUCCUUCACCACCGCAGCAGAUGCCCGCCCCCGUCUAUCCCCCGCCUUCUCCCCUGGGGCGUGGGGCAAUGUAUACACGCAAACCACCAGCGGACAGACAACAGUAGAGGACCUAAUCCAAACCUCUACCUCUGGCACCCUGCCCUGCGACGCCGUGCCUGCCAUCCUCGACGCCGCCUGGCGCGUUCGCCAGGCCAUCAGCAAGGCAAGCGCGCCGGGCUACAUCCCCGCCCGGAUCGCCCUUGCCUCGUCCCUUCCCGACCCUACAAUGGAAGGCAAGGCCUUUACAAAGGCGCUCCAGCCUGGCCACGCUGGCCUCGGCUGCAGCGUCUGGACGCAUAUGGGCGCCGAUGUAAACUUUGGCAUCCCUGGUACGGGCGGCAAGGCUGACUACGUGCGCAAGACGUGGUCUGCCAACGACGGCAGCAUGAAUAUCAUGCAGCGUCGUGGGAUUACCAAGGGUGAAGCGCCCUGGGAGGUCCUGCUUGCUCUGCGGGAGGAUGAUAUGGAGCGGUUCUGUGGGCCGAAUGAGCUUGGUCGCUGGGCGUCUACUUGGUGCGCCUGA